AAACCCAACAUUCAGUUAACGAACGAAACGAAAAGCGAGCGCAUAUCGACACGGCAUCGAAGUAAAAAACCGAUGAAGGAAAAUAAAAAUAAAAGCCCCGGUCAAUUGGCUUUUUUAGACAUUAUCGCUUAGUUAUCGGCAGAUAAACGAGCUGCAAAACGCGUCGCCAAUAUAAUUGUCCGGCCCGAUCGUUCAGUUGGCCAACGGACGUCGCGAAUUGCAAAAGCGCACUCAACCCGAACUAUUCAGAUCGAUUUAAGUCCCGCAUCCGGAGGCGUGAGAAUAUAGCAACCAAAACCACCCCUGCAGAUCCAACAGUCACUGCAAUAUGUAUCCACCGCCGGCGCCGAGCAUCAAGCACUUUGGCUCCCUCAAAACGGCCGUACUUUGGGCCGGAAUUCUCGGAGUGGCUCAGUCAAUCAUCUGGAUGGGCCUGACCAUCACAGCGAUAUGCGCCUUCAACUGUGUGCUCUACAUUACAAAUGUCUUGAAUUAUGGAACUAUGGUAAAGACAGUCUUUUUCGACCUGUACUUUAAGGGCGGAUGCAAGAUGGACCCCGCCGACUACCAAAACUACGACCAAACUAUUCUGAAUUCAGUAAAGACCGUGUUCGAUCCCAGCCAGAUGUUGAUUUGGGAUUCCGUAUACCUGGGAGUUUCUGUCUGCUGGCUCAUCGUCUCGAUCGUGCUGCUUUUGUCGGUAAAAAAGGAUAACCCAAAGCUAACCCUUACAGCCAUUUACACAUGGGCCUUUUUCGUGGCCGCCAUUUGCUGCAUGGACGUUGCCUCCGGAGUGAUCUUUGGAGUCGAUUACGGACGCUUCAAUGAUGCGGCUCUCAAGUACAAUGCCAAUAGCGUGAACGCUGGCCCAAUUGAUCCCAUGGCUGCUACUCUAAUCGCCGGUGGAGUGGCCGCCAUAUCGAUGAUGAUCAUCUCUUUCAAGGGAUUUGUUUUGUGGUUCAUCAACGUUGGACUGCUUAUUUAUCUGCUGAUGAGAGCCGCUCGCAUUGCCACCGAUAAGGAUAGUGUGGAUACGUUGUUUAAUCCUCGCAAGGAUUCAAAUGAUAUUCUGACUACCAGGCCGCCGAUUCGCGCAUACGAGGAGGAGAAGGUGGAGAUCCAGGCGUAUAAUAACGCAGCCUACAUUCCGGAAACCCGUUCUACGGCAGAGACGAUCGAGGUUAACGAGGAGGCCAUUGUCCGGGCGGCGCACUUGUCGAUGGACUCCAAUCUGAUGGAUCGCCGCUUCCGAGACCUCAACGCCUUCCAGCAGUACCCGGCUCCAAAUCCGCAGAACAGUCGCCCAUUGCGCCAAUCCUCGCAGGUUCCGGUGCAGGAGACCAUUGUGGUGGCAACGGCGGGAUUCCCCCAGCCUGACUACUCCCCGCAGCCCAGCCCCAAUGGCAUAUUGCGCCCACGCCAGUACUAAGCCUUUUGGCGCCCCCGAAAAGCCCUCUUCUAUAAUAUAAUUCUCAAAUAUUCCCCCAAGUGACAGCUAAAGUCUAGUUCAAAUUUUUUUCGGUAUGAACAAUUGUUGUGCAUAGUAUUUUUAUUUAUUUGCAUGUUAAUAACAUAAUAAGUGUGCAGUUGUAAAUAUAUAAAAUUGUUGUAGUUA